UUUAGAAACAUAACCUUAAAAUUUUCAAGACCCGAAAAACUCUGCGUUAUUCGUUUUUACAGCUGUUGAAAAUUCCGAAAAAACCGAAUUUGAAAAACUAACAAAAAGUAUACUAAAAAUGGAAACCGUUCCCAAAGAUUUGCGUAGCUUACGUGCGUGUUUGGUGUGUUCACUGAUAAAGACUUUUGAUCAAUUUGAAUUUGACGGCUGCGACAAUUGUGACGAGUUUUUACGAAUGAAAAACAACAAGGAUAACGUGUUUGACUGUACCAGUUCAAAUUUUGACGGCAUGAUCGCAGUGAUGAGUCCAGAGGACAGUUGGGUGUGUAAGUGGCAAAGGAUAAAUCGUUUUUGUAAGGGGGUCUACGCCAUAUCUGUAUCAGGACGAUUACCAGCAGGUGUGAUUAGAGAAAUGAAGAGUAGAGGAAUCGUAUAUAGGCCAAGAGCAGUGGCGUAACUAUGCCAAUGCAACGAAUGCGGUCUUUAUUUGAAUUAUUUUCUGAUUUUUUAAUUUAAAAAUAUUUUUUUGAAGAGGGCCCUGAUAGAACUGAUCAAUGUUUUAAAAUACUGCAAUAAAAAAGUAUCCUAAA